AUGCCUCCUGGAAGGGUGCGGCGGAAUGGCCAGCCCCAGGCCUGCGAAGCGUGUCGAAAGACGAAAGUUCGAUGUGAUCACGGGAGCCCGAGAUGUUCACGAUGCGUGACCCGUCAAUUGGAUUGCUUCUACCAUCCAAAUCCCAUGAGCAAGGCCCGCGGCUUGAGCCAGGAGUCCUCACCGUCACAAUAUGGCUUCACGGCCCCCCUGUCCGGGACCCAGAAUGAACAUCACCACCACCACCACCUCCACCACCACCACCAACACCACCCAACCCCAUUGAGUCCUAUCAUGACUCCGACCGGGCAAGAGAGAUUCACCGUCACAUCGUCCGGCACCUCAACCUCGACCGCAACAUCAACCCCAACCUCAGCUUCUGAUGCGGCCUCCCCGGCCCUACCUGGACCUGAGCCAGCGUACGAACAAUCCAAGCGAGCUUUCUUAUUUCAGCGGGAAGGCAUGCCGUAUGGAACGACGCGGUAUUCGGCGGUUUUCUCGGAGAACCAUGCGAGUUUUGGUCCCGCAAUUCUCGAUGAAGCCGCGGAGCCGGGUGCUCGAGUACCUCACUCGGGAUCAAAUCUAUCGCAUCUCGGGCUCGAUGAUAGCAAUGCCCGCCGAGAGCUGGCUAUCAAUACUAUGAUGGAGUUUCCUACCUUGCGGACGUGCGAAUCAUUGAUGCAGAACGUGCCGGAGAUGUACGACGUGUGGCAGUCACCUGUCAUGAUCCGGCAGUGUCUCAAUCAAGUCUGGACCGAGUACGGCGCAUGCUUGGGGACGAAUCGAUCGCGAGAAUCCGUGUCGGUGAUGGUGGACGACAUCUUCGAGACUGGCAAGCGGCCGUUGUCGAACCCGGACCCACGUGGUACGGACGGUACGAGCUGGCACAACUGGUUUGGAGGGCCAAGGCUUCGCUGGGAGAUGAUUGGAAUCCUUUUCACGUGGGCCGGCAUGAUUUUCCGACACAAACAGGAAUGCGAUCGCAUUUUCGAGUUUCCUGAGCAGCAGGGGAGAAAUCGGAAGACUGCUGCGGAGAACAUGAGGGUUUGUGCGAAUAACUGUCUGAGGCUCUGUGAUGAUUUCGUGGAGAUCAACGACAUCAUUAUUGUGCUGAUGAAAAACUGUGCGAAGUUGCGCAGCAAUAUCAUCAGCGAUGAGAGCGACCAUCUGAGAAUGGAUUUUGGCACUACUGGAGCUGCGUUCAUCACCGCCGGCUUACAUCGCCUCCCGGUCUCUCCGAUACUCACACCUCUAUCACAAUAUCGAUGCAUCAUUUCGUCCUCUUUCUUCCACCUCGACAAAUGCGAGAGCCUGUUCAAUGGAAGACCGCCGAUACUGGACAAACGCUUCUGCUACAUACCUCUUCCGCUCGACCUUUCCGAGGAGGAUGUCUACAAUGGUGACGAGAGAUUUCAAGCAGCCGUCAAGCGACUGGACGCCAAUGGCUGGAAUACCGACAAUCAGAUUUACGCCACCACCUGGCUCCGAGCUGUCAGUCUCUUGUCGCCCAUCCGGGAAGAGAUCUUGGGGUUGUCGCUCACUGCGAGCCUCAAGUACACCAAAGCACAAGUCGAGUAUAAACCAUCCUUUGCCCUGGUUACACAGCUUGAACAGAUUGUCGGCACUUACCCACCGCACAUUCGUUACCACACGAUAGAGCACCCGGAUCAUUCUCAGUCUCGCAAGAGAGCACCUCAUGAGAUAUAUUUGAUUACUCGCAUACAGCUAGACGUUUUGCAGUGUGCGUUUUUAUUGCAGCGCUUGCUGGUAUCUCGGGGAUACUGUAACGGCCAGAAGCUAUUCAACAUCGCGUACGACAUGAUCCACGUCGUGUUGUCUCUCUGGUCGGAUAGCGAGCACCUCCGAGACUUCAACUUUGCAUUUGAUUGGAUCAUCCUCUCAUAUGGAAUCCCAUGUGCGGGUAUCCUUUGUCUCGAGCUCCUCCGAGCCAGCAACCUCGCCCCUCCCAUGGCACCCACGGAAACAAUGCCCUCACCCACGCCCGUCCAGCUGUCGCGCUCCGAAGUGGUGCAGGCACUCACCAUGUUCAUCGCCUUCCUGAACUGGAUCCGGCCCACGGACAACAACGUCCAGCUCUGCGGGAAGUUCAAGAAGGUCGUCAAGCGAAUCAUCGACACGGCGAUUGAUGCACCUCGGCCUCCGCCUCCGCCUCCAGUACCACCGGGGGGUCCACAGCAGCAAUCAUCGCGGGAGCCGCCGGUGACGGGACAUCUGCCGAAUGUCGCGGCUGGUGAUGAUCAUCAUCAGUUCCACCUUCCCCCUUUGCAGGACAGCGAUGCACUGGCGGGAACGGAAUUUGACGUAGAGGAUCAGUUUGACCCGGCGCUCAUGGCCCUGGAUGAUCUGGACUGGUUGAACACGGUCGAUUGGACGCAGGGGGACUGGUUGGAACUGAGUCAACAAGACCUUCCAAGUCCGAGUGAGUAA